GUACCAUCUUGUCAUCCGAGCAACUCAACUGACUUUCAGACGAGUCCUUGGCUUCACAAGUGACCACGAACUUUUUAAUAAUAUCCAUAUGACGCUUGUUCACGAGCAUUGUUAAUGCCGCAGCCCACUUCGAAGAGGUCGCUAACUCCGGUGCGAACAGCGGCUCCCUUCGCUCCACACGACGCCGAUGGUCGCAUCGCAGCAAAGUUAUAUAGAGAACCUAGUGCAGAAGACUCGGAAUUUGGAACACACCAUCAAGAAGCUGAACGAUGAACUCAGUCUUGAACAGACUCGCGCCAAGGACACUGUCAAUAUCAUGAAACAACAAUGGCGAACAGAGCAAAAGGAGUGGCACGUUGGUUGCGAUGCUUUACAGGCGUGCCAUGGGAUUGCCCAUCUCAGGACAGCAUGCGCUUUGGACGACGAACGAAUCGCAUUGCUCAAGGAGCGCGAAAUUGCACGGCGCGAGAGGCUUGCGCGUAUACAGAGGGAUUACAAGAUCACCAUGUUCCAGGCUAGGGAGGCAAGCCGACUUUCACCUUCCAUGCACGACUCAUUACUGCUUCCCUGCUGAUGGAUAAUAUGGGGUGGGCACACGUCUGGCACGUUUUGCUCUUAUCUACGACCCUUAGUCAUUCAGCAGAAAGGGAUCGAGCUACUGGCUACAACGACGUGUAUUUGGCCUCAGGUAUGAAUAUACCUCGAUGGCUCAAGAUAGAAAUGAAACCGAACCGAAAGC